AUGCAUUCGUACCUCACCGCAAUUAUCCCACUGCUUGGCCUAAGCAUCGACCUCACGUCUGCCGCCCAUGCCGGUUUCCACGUCCAGUUCCCAUGGCUAUCCCGGGCUCCCAACCCAGAGACUCGGCCAGAGAUAGACCGUUACAAUCCCUUCUGCGGCGAGAUCGUGCACAACCCCCAGCGAUACGCUCGUAACUCACGCAGUUUCCUCUCCUUCUCCGGCCAUCCUGGAGACCUUGUAUCUGCCCUCUAUACCCGACAUAGAGUGCCAAGGAUGAGAGCAGACUUCCCUUACACCAUUCUGGAGGGUGUAACCAUCCAGCCUUCGGGACAGCUAUGUGUAAAUGUCACAAUACCAUUUGAGACCGAUGUCGACGAAAUGGGUGUUAUGUACUUCGAGGCAAGAGACCCGAGUACGGGAUAUAUAGAACACUACUGCUCGGAUGUAAAGAUGGCUGAUAUAGAGGCUCUGCCCGAGGAACAUCCAGCCAUGUGUGCAGCCCACAACGAGACGCUCAUCCCGAUGCCCGACGAGUACUUGUAG